AAAGCCAAUCCUCCUCAAGCUGAUCAGAAGGCUGAAUGGACUAACCAGCUUGGGGACUUCAAACCUGCAGGCAGGUAAGAGCACUCCGGGACCUGAUGGGUGGUUAGAAGCCGAAGUUAAAGGGAUUACUUUCGGCUGUCGAACACAGGAGGCUCUUGGAGCCAAGAAGGAUCACCUGACUGGCAGCGGCCCAACAGCUCUCCCCAGAGACAGCAGGACCUAUCAAGAUACAUCAGCCCAGAUCUCACAGCUUGUUAGCUUACCAUGGAGCCAAGAAAUCUUGGGUGAUAGUGCAUGGUUGUCUUAAAGGCAAACAGCUAAAGAGUUUAGCCUUUUGGAAUACUACCUUUGAGUUUGUGCUGCUUGUCCUCUAAAAGGAAUUUAUGCUACAUCUGCGAUUUUACUGUUGACAUGCGUUGCCCCACCACCUUUCAAUCCAUCGCAUAUGACCUCCAUUCAUGGUGUUCAUCACAACGGAGCUAAGGCCUGGGAGGACUGUCAUUUGUCGAGGAAUAACUUGGACUCGGGCCAAAUAUGGCCAGAGAGGUCAGUCCUCUGAGCCUCAUGCCUCUGUCUGCAAGACACCAGCAAUGGGAUGGAGUCUCUCUGGGGUUUAUCCUCCCUUUCUUCACCCUACGUUCUCUCAUUUUCUAUUACUUCCUGUCAUGUGCAGCAGCAGCAACAGGAAGUUUGCCUGGCAUAGAAUAUGACUAUGGCAUUAGCCCCAAAUUUGUUUGCACCCCAAUCCCCCCAGAAGCAGACCCCAGCUGCUAUUCCCCACCCAGUGUGCCCCAUGGACCGACCAGUAACGGCCACACUAAUGGUCACAAUGGCAGCAGCCGGAGAGGCGUGAUGUCUGAUGAGGCCAAAGCCACCAUCUUGCACUUGCGCGAGAGCCUCGUGAGGCAAAAGGAGACCAUCCUGGACCAACGAGAGACCAUCAGGGAGCUGACCGCCAAGCUCACCUUGUGCGAGGGCUUCGGUGGUCACCAUGGCCCUGACCACCAUGACAACCAUCACGACACCCACGACAAUCAUCACGACGGCCACCACGAUGACCACCACGGGCAUCACGGUGGCCACCACACGCCAUCGUCGUCACACCACGGGCCUUCGCCGUAUCACAGCAGCGAUCACCACUACUCCCACGGCAGCCACAGGUCGGACCCCCACCACCGGAAGGGCUCGUCAUAUGGAAAACACAGCUCCUUCUCCCCUGAACAGACGGGCAAAACACUGCAGACCCUGAAGGAGAGGCUGGAGAACUUGCAGGCCAGGAACUCGUCCAGCUCCUACUCCAGCUCCCUGAGGGAACUCCUCCAGCGGAAGAUCACCGCCCUGGAGGAGCAGCUUCACAGCUACUACCGAGAUCACCAUGACGAUCACCAUGACGAUCACCAUGACGACCACCACGACGACCAUCAUGAUGACCACCACGACGACCACCAAGGCAACGGCCACCGUGACGACCACCACAAUGACAACCGUGGUACCGGUCACCGUGACGACCACCACGAUGACCACCGUGGUACCGGUCACCGUGACGACCACCACGAUGACCACCGUGGUACCGGUCACCGUGACGACCACCACGACAGCCAUUAUAACAACCACCACAGUAGCCACAGGAACAACCAUCGCAGCGGUCACUAUAAUCGGCAUCAGGACCACCGCUACGACCGGCACCACAGCCGGCACCGUGGUCACCAUGGCAACCACCAAAGCACCCACCAUGAUGACCAUCACGAUGACCACCAUGAUGACCACCACGAUGACCAUCAUGAUGACCACCACGAUGACCACCACGGCGACGAUCACCACGAUGAUCACCACGACUAUCACCACGGACCUGGACAUCACGAUGACUAUCACGAUGAUCACCAUGAUAAUCACCACGGCGUUGACGACCACCAUGACAGCCGCCACGGCAACGAUCAAAACCCACAGCGGCUGCCUUUCAGCAGCAAAGAGACGAAUCCGCGGGGCGCGGGGCACAGCAAGCUGGAAACAGUGCUCGGCCAACUGCACCAUGGCAACACUGACCACGGAAACCACAAGAAGCUAAAGAGUCCCAGCGCUUUCCUGCUCGACUUCCCCAUGAAGACCAACUACAUGUACGCCAGGAUGAAGCGCUCGGUGGUCAGUGAGAUCUUCGCCCUGACCAUCUGCCUGUGGCUGAAGGCAGGUUCAGGUCCUGGCCUCGGUACUCCCUUCUCCUACGCCGUACCCGGACAAGCCAAUGAGCUGGUGCUCAUCGAAUGGGGCAGCAACCCCAUGGAGCUGCUAAUCAACGACAAGGCAGUGACAUUGCCGAUCACCAUGACAGAUGGGAAGUGGCAUCAUGUGUGCAUGACGUGGACGACACGUGACGGUACCUGGGAGGCCUACCAGGACGGGGUGAAGAAAGGAUCAGGGCAAAACCUGUCGGCCUGGCAUCCCAUCAAACCAGGAGGGACCUUCAUCCUGGGCCAGGAGCAGGACACGAUGGGUGGCCGCUUCGACGUCACCCAGUCCUUCAUGGGAGAGUUGUCUGAUCUCCAGUUCUGGUCCAGAGUCCUGACGUCCAACGAGAUCCACAGCCAGGCGACCUGCGGAGGCCACCUCAUUGGUGACGUCAUGUCCUGGUCCGAGGAAUCAGUGGAGCUCCACGGAGGACUCACCGAGGUCCCCUUUGACCCCUGCCACUAAGGACUGACACUGGUCCCCAGCACCCAGAGCCGUAGCAUCAUAACCCCGCACAUUUUCAAAUACAUGCUCCCAUCAGAAAUAGUUGGAGAGGGAAAAUGUUGUCAUGGAUCAAAGAUGGGGAAUGAUUUAUUUCUUUGCUUGCUCUGGUUUUCAAGCUCAGCCAUGGGCAAAAGGCAGAGCAGGAGGAGUUAUUUAGCUUUUUCUAUACAUUUUUUGCCAUUCCUGUCCAAUCUUUUCUGCCUUUUCCACCUACACCCUCACUCCGUCGCUCUGAUGCUCUCAACAGGACUUUGUGGGCUCCAAAGAGCGCAGGGUUUCUGAUUUACCGGCUGUGUGUUCAUGACUACGGCUGCUCUGAGGGAUCCAGCACACAUAAUAGGAUUUCAUUCCAUCAGAACAGGUCCAAAGGUUGCUUGUUGCCAUCAGCUCACCUGCACACUAGCUUGUUUAGUUUGGUAAGUGAGAAACAUAGACUUUACAGGAGGUGAAAGAGUGGCUGAAAGGCACAGGAUACAAAUAAAGCCACACUGGGACCUGAUGAUUCAUACAUGACAAUCAAAUAUCUGCUCAUUGUUUUGUGGAGACAAAGAAACAAUGCUGUUGCAUUGCAGGGCUUUUUUAUAAUGUAGGUCAAAUGUGGCAUAACCUACUGGUGUUGACUUUGCACGUUGAGACUGUUUUGUACUAGUAUUUCAUAUUGAAAACUACUGUUUUUUGUAGAAAGAAAACAGAAUUUGCUAUUGUGGCAUUCAGAAAAAAAUGUAAUCAAUGUGUUAUGUGUUCUUUCUAAAAUUGCAUUUUGUCCAUGCAGGACUGAGAAUGAUGUUUUAAAUUUAAAAAAAAUUAUCUCUCUCUGUCUGUAAGUGGAUCUGUUUCUCUGUUCAAAAGUCAGCCGUUACAUAAGCCCAAUGUCAGACAUGACACAUUACAGCCACGGGCCACCUGACUGCACCAACACGCUGUAAUGCUGCGGUAAUGCUGAUGGUGGCUUACAGCAGGAUUUACCUGCGGACAUCUGAUCUGAUCCUGCCUAUUUCUGACCAGCUCAAACCACAUGGCAGAGUGUCACACACACACACACACACACACACGUACACACACACACACACACACACACACACACACACACACACACACACACACACUCAGAGAAGAUAAAGAGGUGAAAGUUAAUCUCUGUUUGUAGCUGCACCGUCACGUUUUUAUAACAAAAGAGGUUUUUGUACAUGUAAAUGAUAUCAGAUAGUCUGUUUUUAAUUAUUAAACACAUUUAUUAUGUACAUUGUAAAUAAGUAAAUAAGUAAAUAGCACUUUCUCAACCCAAUGUUAACCCUGUGGUUGUUUUUUUGGGAGUAACCUGUUUAUUAUUUGUUCAUUAUAACCCUAUCCUCCCCUCUGAGUUAAACUCAGAGAGGAUGAGCUCUCUUUAUCGAUCGUAAAAAAUGGGGGGUAUCUGUUGUUGCCAUGGUGAUAGAAUCUCUCAGCAUCAGGACCACAUCGUCGCGCUACAGCUGUAAAUAUCUGCAAAAUGUUUCUUCGACUGUAAUGCCAAGACGAGCAGCACUUUAAAACCACGCUCCUGUUUUCCUCUCAUGAUAGUGGGCCAAAUGCACGUGACAUGUAUGUUUCAUAUGUUUCUUCUGUUGUCUUUGUUCUGUAGACUUCAGUUUAUAAACCUCCUCCUUCUACCCAACUGUGUAGUUUGUAAGCUGAAUGUCAAAUGUAAAAAUAAGAUAUACAACUACAAGACAUAUACAACACUUGCUUAUUCUCGCCUUUGGUGUACACUUUAAUGUCUGUUGGGUUUUUUUUGUUCUGUUUAUUCUUGUGUCUUUGGCUGUAAAUAUUCAAAGUAUUACAGUGUGUUCAGUCAACAGUCCCUCCCUCAUGUGUAAGCCAAAACUAUAAACUGAAUUGUAAAACUUGAAAGAGAAAGAAAA